AUGGAGGCGCUCUGGGCUGUGGGCGGCCUCUUGUUGGGCCUUUCACUCCUGGCCUGCGGCCUGUACUGCUGCUAUGUGAAAUACAUCCACGUCAAGUAUGACCACAUCCCCGGCGCCCCGCGGGAGAGUUUUUUAUUUGGACAUCUGCCGAUCUUGUGGAGGAUGCUGAGGAAACGGGAGUUUAUCCACGAUCUCUUUCUGCAGUGGGCAGAGAAAUAUGGACCUAUUGUUCGGCUUAAUGCCUUUCACAGAGUCUCCAUAAUGAUUCUGAGUCCUGAGGGAGUGAAGGAGUUCUUGAUGUCACCACAGUACCCAAAGGAUCGGCUGGUAUAUGGUCGUAUCUUCAACAUAUUUGGUGAGAGGUUUCUAGGGAAUGGUUUGGUAACUGUUUGCAACCAUGAGCAUUGGCACAAGCAGCGGAAGAUAAUGGAUCCAGCUUUCAGCCGAACCUCUCUGAUUGGUCUGAUGGAAACUUUUAAUGAAAAAGCAGAGGAGCUGAUGGAGAAGCUAGAGGAAAAGGCAGACGGAAAAACAGAGUUUAGCAUGCUGACGAUGAUGAACCGGGUGACUAUGGAUAUCAUUGCAAAGGUAGCCUUUGGCUUGGAAUUGGAUGCACUGAGUGAUGACCAGACACCUUUCCCACAUGCAGUGACUCUGGCUUUGGAGGGAAUGACCAAGGCACGCAUCCCCUUCAUACGGUACCUGCCAGGGAAACAGAAGCUGGUAAAGGAGGUCAAGGAGAGUGUGAGGCUGCUGCGGCACGUUGGGAAGGAGUGUAUUGACCAGAGGAGAGAGGCCAUCCAGAAUGGGAAGGAAGCCACAGUGGAUAUUCUUACACAGAUACUGAAAGGAGAUGCUCUGGAGGAAACUAGAGAUGAUGAAAACAUCGUGGAUAACUUCAUCACUUUCUUUGUUGCAGGUCAUGAAACCACUGCUAAUCAGUUGUCAUUUACUGUAAUGGCACUGGCUCAGCAUCCUGAAAUACUAGAAAGGCUUCAAGCUGAAGUAGAUGAAGUUCUUGGUGCCAAAAGAGACAUUGACUAUGAGGAUCUUGGCAAGCUCACAUACUUAUCACAGGUUUUGAAAGAAUCACUGCGGCUGUACCCGCCCGUCCCAGGGACCAUUCGCUGGUUGGAGAAGGAUCACGUCAUCAAUGGUGUCAGAAUUCCCGCAAAGACCGCACUCGUUUUCAGCACUUACAUAAUGGGAAGAAUGGAAAAGUUUUUCAAGGAUCCCCUCACUUUCAAUCCAGACCGAUUUAGCAAAGAUGCACCUAAACCCUAUUACUGCUAUUUUCCAUUCUCCCUGGGACCCCGAUCCUGCAUCGGGCAGACGUUUGCACAGAUGGAGGCGAAAGUGGUGAUGGCAAAACUAUUGCAGAGGUUUGAAUUCCAGCUGGUACCAGGGCAGAGUUUUAAGCUCUUGGAUGCUGGAACCAUUAGACCACUAGAUGGAGUAAUAUGUAAAUUAAAGCCAAGGAGCCCUGCAAGAGGCAUCCAGGCAUGACUGCUCAGGAAAGGAACACGACACGAUAGUGGUGGCGUUUCUUCUGUUGUUUAAGAGCUUCACACUAAUCACAGGUUAGA